CCCAACCCACGAUGACGAGAGACAAGUUCAAGCGCAGGCACGAUAACCUUUUCAAGACUCCACAACAGAACCCAACUGCCUCUUUUUCCCGCGACGGCGACACCCUUUUCCGGGAAAAUCUUUUCCCGAGGAUCAAUCAAGCUGCUCAAGUUUAAUAGGGCCAAAAAUGUUUAAGAACACUUUCCAGUCUGGAUUUUUGUCCAUCUUAUACAGCCUUGGGAGUAAACCUUUGCAGAUAUGGGAUAAAGAAGUUGUCAAUGGCCAUGUAAAGCGACCACAGGAUGAAGACAUACAAUCCAACGUCCUUGAAAUAGUUGGAUCAAAUAUUCAGUCCACAUACAUUACUUGCCCGGCUGACCCAUCUGCAACACUUGGUAUAAAACUACCAUUUUUGGUCAUGAUUGUGAAGAAUCUAAAGAAAUAUUUUACAUUUGAGAUUCAAGUCCUGGACGAUAAGAAUGUCAGGCGGCGUUUCCGAGCUUCUAAUUUUCAAGCUGUCACUCGAGUGAAACCAUAUAUCUGCACCAUGCCACUCAGGAUGGAUGAGGGCUGGAAUCAAAUUCAACUAAAUCUUGCUGAUCUUACCAGGAGAGCAUAUGGAACCAACUAUGUUGAGACAUUGCGCGUUCAGGUUCAUGCAAACUGCCGUCUGAGGAGGAUAUAUUUCUCUGACCGCCUGUACUCGGAGGAAGAGCUCCCGCCGGAGUUUAAAUUGUAUCUUCCAAUGCAGAAAGCAUGACAAAUUUCAUGAAAGAACUCCACAGCUGUUAUGUCUGACAGUAGGAUUUUGAGAUCUAUAUUUUUCUACCAUCCUCAAUGCCAAAUUAUCUGUUCUAUCUUUUCUUUGUAAUAUUAUACAUACAAUGUAACAAAAGAUCCUGGGACGCGACUAAUCCACCAGCCUAUGUGCUCUACUAUCUGAGCUUGAUUUCGUAAUGCUAUUGGAACUCUUUUGAUCUUUGUUAA